GACGUCACGGUUUACCAUUAGCAUCAUGGCGGCAUCAGAGGCACCUUCGCAAACAUCAUUCAUGGAUCCUUUCAAAGAUGUACUGGUUAAUUAUUUAAUGCCAGAAAAAUGCUUUGACGAAUUUUUUUUACAGUUCAAUCUUCUGCACGUGGAAUGUCUAAAGAUUAUUAUCAGCAAAGGCCUAGGCAUUGGGAUUAUCCUUGGCUCUGUAUUAGUGAAACUACCUCAGAUUCUCAAGCUGAUUGGUGCAAAAAGUGCUGAGGGACUGAGUUUUAACUCUAUACUACUGGAGCUGUUUGCGAUCACAAGCACCAUGGCCUAUAGUAUAGUCAACAGUUUUCCUUUCAGUUCCUGGGGUGAGGCUCUUUUCCUUAUGCUUCAGACAGUGACUAUCGGGUUUCUCAUUCAGCACUAUGCAGGAAAAACCUUCAGAGGUUUGGGGUUUGUGAUCGUCUAUUCUUGUCUGCUAGCAGUCCUCAUCUCUCCCUUGACCCACAGAGACAUAGUCACUACCAUGCAAGCCUCGAAUAUGCCAGCAAUUAUCAUUGGACGGUUAAUUCAAGCUGGUACCAACUACAGAAAUGGCCACACUGGACAGCUGUCAGCCAUUUCAGUCUUUCUACUGUUUGCAGGCUCUCUAGCACGUAUAUUCACUACAGUGCAGGAAACGGGAGAUUUCCUCAUGGCUGUCACUUAUGUCAUCUCUUCUUUCUGUAAUGGUGUUAUUGCAGCUCAGGUUCUUUACUAUUGGAACAGCACAUCUGCCCUUAAAAAGAAGGCCGAGUAGAAGAAAGGAAGACAGAUUUGGAAUUCAGUAUUAAACAACUGAAAGGAUCAGAUGUCUCCCAAUCAAAAUGAUAGUUUGAGUAAAACUGAGCUAUGUCCCUUAAUCGGUUAUAAAUGGCAUUUAUUUUUGUCAUAUCAGUGCGACUAUAAAUAUUGAAUAGAUGCACACUUUCACAUAUUCCAGUUGCCUGAAAAUGGACCAAAAAUCCACUAUACUGUUUGGGGAGGGUCUGGAAUUUCUUUUAUAAUAGUACGCCGUUUUCUUAUUCUCUCUUUGUUGUUGUGGUUGUGGGUUAUGAAUUAGGCGAUUUCUUGGACCAUUAGCUAAGCUCAGGUAGGGGAACAACAAGGGGACAAGUAUUAUUACUUUCAACCCUAAAAGAAUCAAUCUACAUGUUGUUUUAAUAAAGCAAUCAUUAUGCAUUAUUUUUGACAUUCUGUCUCACAGUAAUGUCCUGACUGCAUAUUUGCUAAAAUUCAUUGUUUUUUGCUUGUUAACACUUCACCUCUGCUAAAAGCGGAUUGGAUAGACAGUUGUUCACUGGUAAAUUUAGCUCUUAUUUAUUCAGUCUCUGUACAGUACAAAUUGAUGAUUAAAAGAAUCUAUACGUAUAAAUAUUAACAUCAUCCCAUGCUGAUUAAAGUCCUGAUAGAACCUCAGAAAGGACCUGCUAUCUCUUUAGGUAGUGGAUCAUUAUGUUUUUUCUUUUUGUGAAAGCAAAUCAUACAGCAUAUUUUACGGUCUUUCAAAUUAUGCAAAACUGGUAACAUACCUUUAUGGGUUGCACAGAGACUUAAGUGAGUCUUCUGGGUAUUCUGUUUAAUUUUAAAUGUCACAUAAUUGUUUAGAGUCAUAUAAAGUGACUUGUAUUGUCAUUCAAUGUACCUAGGUACAUUAUAAAAAAUAUGAUAUAAAGCACUUUUUUUUUCAAAGAUUGUAUUAUUCAACCAUUAAGUGCAAGUUUGAAUGAUAAAAAUUGCACAUGAUAUAUUAGUGACUUUAUUUUCUUCUUUUUUUUUAUGUGAAUAUCUCACAAAUUGGUGUAUAAAUGUCAAAGUUGCAGCUUACUUUUUGAUAAUUGCCUUGUUCUCAUUACUAUUUUUUAUUUAUUGUAGAAGGUGACACAAAUGAUUGCAGAAAUAUAGAAUGUUAUGUUUAUUUUUUAAGUUAUAACUCUGUCGUCACCUAUAAUGCAAGGCUACAAUUGUCAUACUUAUUCAUACCACCAGAGAGAGGCAAAGAGUCAGUGCUAAAACAAAUGGUAUGUUUCACUGUUGUUGAUCUACUAUAUGUGACACUGUCUGUGAAAUCCAGCUUAAAGUCUCAUAAUCUAAUAAUGAGAUUUAUAAGCAUCAACGUUUGAUUUCACUAUGAUUCAGUCACAGUCUUUGAGAUUUCCUUACUCUAUCAAUAUUUAUUAUUUUAAGGUUAUAUUUUCACACAAUGUUUUUUACACUAUGAAGCAUAAUUUAAACAACAAAAAUAAAAUAUUAACUUGUUUUUUACAGGGAUGGGCACAUGAUAGCAUUACGUAGUUGCUGCAUUAAUGCUAUUGACAUGAUGUAAAAAUAUUUUGAACAAAACUUUAAAUUACUUCUUUUAUCAAACUAGAUUUAGAUUUUUUUAUUAAGAAAUAGCUAAAUAAUAUGUCAAAAACUGUCUGUAUUUAGUCCUCAUGUGUGUUUAGACAUAGGAGUUGGUAUAAUUCUGCCUGUUCUGACAUCCGAUAAAAUUAAAGAC